AUGUGUCUACAUCUCUCCGUAGCAACUCUCAGCGGGCAGAGUGUCUCGAUUGAUAUGGAGCCUGAGAGCUCCGUGGAGGAUCUCCGAAAAGCUGCAGAAUCCCAGCUUCAGGCUUCUUUGGGGAUUCUGGUUCAGCCAGGAGGUGCUGAAUUUCUCCGAGGGACGAGCACGCUGCAAGAUGCUGGUAUUCAGGAUGGCGACGUCGUGGGAGCUUUCAUGGCAAAGCCGCAGUUUCAGUUACAUUCCAAUCGAUUGGCCCAUGCUUUUUGCGCCAUUCAGAUGGAUGGCUCUGUCCUUGCGUGGGGCGAUGAAGACAGCGGGGGUGACAGCGCUGAUGUUCAGGACCAGCUUGUCAAUGUCUGUGAUGUCAAGAUGACGGCACGCGCCUGCGCAGCACUUCGGCGAGAUGGCUCCGUGGUCACCUGGGGCUGCGAAGACCUUGGUGGAGACAGUAGUGAAGUUGAGAAGGAGCUGCACAACGUGCAGAGAAUUUUCAGCACCGCUGGAGCCUUCGCAGCGAUCCGUGCUGAUGGUGCCGUAGUUACCUGGGGCGACGAGGACUGGGGUGGUGACUGUGCCGAGGUGCAGAAGGACUUGACAAACGUCAUUGACAUCUGCGGCUCGGGUGCCGCCUUCGCAGCUCUGACCACCGAUGGCUCUGUGAUCACUUGGGGCUCACCUUGUCAUGGUGGCGACAGCCAGAGUGUCACCGAACAGCUUCGAAACGUUCAAAGCCUCUGUGCUACCUCCGCAGCCUUUGCGGCCAUCACAGGCAGUGGUGAUGUCGUUGUUUGGGGAGAUCCACUUUUCGGUGGCGAUUCCAGCAAAGUUUCGGCGGAACUUGUUGGUGUGAAGAGUCUAAAAGCGACUGCAGGUGCUUUUGCUGCUGUCAGGUCCGACGGGACCAUUAUCUGUUGGGGUCUGCCAGAACUCGGUGGAUCUGCAACAGGCGACCUCGCCAGACGGAUUCAAAACUCCAAGGCGAUCACUGCUUCUGGCAGCGCAUUUGCGGCAAUCACACAAGAAGGUGAAGCCGUUUGCUGGGGGGAUCCGGAGCGUGGCGGUGACACUCACACAGUGAGAGAGCAGUUGGUAAACGUGCUGGAGGUCAUUGCGACGGAGAACGCGUUUGCUGCUCUCAAGGAAGAUGGAAGUGUGGUCAGCUGGGGCCAGAGCGAUGCAGGAGGUGACAGUCGCGACGUGCAGGACCGCCUCCUAAUGGUGAAGCAGAUUGUUGGUUCUGGUGGAGCAUUUGCUGCAUUGACCACCUCUGGGCAGCUUGUGACAUGGGGCCAUGAGAGCUUUGGUGGCGACAGUGCCCAAGUUCAAGCACAACUGGGCGGCUGA